AUGGGCUACUUCCAAACCGAACGCGACUUAAGCUCGAUGAGCUUUGCCUUCGAUCUCAUUGAUUUUGCAGCACUCGAUUCUGUUCCCAUUCCAAUUCCUCCACCACUCCCAAUUAUAAUUCAUAUAUUCAAGUACUUAAAUCCCUCAGACUUGAAGAUUGUGGCAUUGGUAUGUCGAAGAUUUCUAAGCGCCUGCAUGUACAAAAAGUUAUCGAAAAACUUUAUGCUCAACUUUGUGGAUUCAUACUACAAGGAGUUCAGUGUACAAAUCUCUCAAUUUGUUGACACUUUUAGAAUCUUUCCGGCAAUUUCUGUGAAUACUGGGAAUUUUGAUGUGGCUUCGCAAAGUUUUUGGCUUGACUAUGGAUUGAACAUUGAAGAAAUUUAUUUUCGCAAUGGAAUUUUGAGAAAGCAUGAGUUUGAAGAUAUUAUCAGAUGGACGCCAAACAUUCGUGUUUUGAAAAUUGAAGCGAAUAAUAUUUUCCGCACAUGGGAUGUGAAAGGAACUUACUCAGAACGUCUCCAUAAUUUUGAGAAUUGUUAUCAUAUUUCAUUAGCUAAAAAUAGCUUUUUGAAUCGAAAGAUUUUUGAUUUUGUUGUGUCAAAGGCGCCAAAUCUACGGGAGAUUGAUUUGUCAUUUUGCAUGAAUAAAUUGCAGGCAUCUGAGAGAAAUGCUAUGUUGGAUCAUUUCAUUUUCUAUCUUAAAGGUUACGGUGAAACAGUGAAACUAAUAAAUUUAAGACAAACUGAAAUCGAUGAUUUCUUUCUUCAGGCAUUAUCGGAAGUGAAACGUCUGAAAUUAACAUCCUUGUCGAUUACCUUCAAUGGCGCUACGAACAACAGAAAAUUCGGUAUUAUCCCUCUGAUAAACUCACAAAAUCUCUUGGAAGAAUUGGAUAUCCAAGAUUCAUCAGCAGUUGAGGAAAAUGUUUUGAUGGAACUUUCGAAAGUUUGCAAGAAACUUCGACGACUAAAUUUAAGAAAAUGCGCUCAUAUAACUGAUUAUUGUUUGCGAGAAAUUGUAAAACUUAAUCAUCUUGAAGCAUUGGAUAUAACUUCGUGUGAUUUAGUUACCGAUGAAGGAAUUCACGAUGCCCUACUUUGUGGUACACCCAAAAAACAGCUUCGAGAGCUUCAUUUCGGAAUGUUGUCACAUAUAAGUGAAAGAAUAUUUGCAAGACUUGGAACAAAGCUACACAAUCAGUUGACGAUAUUGGAUUUGGGUGGUUCAACAAACCUUGCUGACGAUGCCCUUCAAACAAUCUUUUGUCAUUUCCCUAUGAUUCGUUUUUUGAGUUUGGACAGUUGUUGUAAAAUUACAGAUUAUGGAAUAACCGGAAAGUUUCAAACUCAAAAUUACUUUUCCAUCAAACUUCUACAAGGGCUAAGGGUUUUGAGAUUACAGAAUUGUUACAAGAUAACAGAUUUUGCUUUGGUUGACAGUUUUGAGUUUAAAGAACUAAAAGAAGUUUAUUUCGCAAGGACACAUUUCCAACGAGAAGGAAUUGAGGCGAUGGUGAAAAAUUGUCCAGCUAUUGAAAUUCUUGAUUUAAGCGAAGUUGCCAAUAUUGAUGACGAUGUCGUUGAAAUAAUAACAAAAAACCUUCAGAGAUUGCAAAUAUUGAAAUUAAACGGAAAUGACAAAAUUACUGCAACGUCAUUUGAUCACAUUUACAAACAUUGCAAGGAUAUCAAAAAUCUUUAUCUGAGAAAUUGUCCUAAUCUCAAUACUGAAAGAUUAACAGAUCAACUUCAUCUUAUGAGGUCAUUAAGAAAAGUAUAUUUAGAAUAG